UCAAUACUAUAAAAGCGUGAACAUCACCCGGGUGUGAGUGAAGAGUGGGCGGGUCGAAGGCGCGAGGCAGCGCUGGUCAGGUGAUGAAAUACUGUCACUUCACUUCACCUGCUGUAGUUUCCGCACGGGACAUAAAACAAGCCCAAUGGCUGAACAGUACACAGCUCUAGAGGUGGCCAUAAACACCUUGGUCAAAAACUUCCAUUCAGCUUCGUCUACUGACGCUGAUACGCUCACAGCCCAGGAGUUCCAGAGCAUGAUCUCCAAAGAGCUGCCCACCAUGGUGACGACAGCAGGGGACCAGGAGGGACUUAACAAACUCCUGGCAGACCUGAACGUGGAAGAGGGGAAGGGCGUCACAUUCACGGAUUUUUGGGGAUUGGUUGAUUCUCUGGCCACUACUCAGUUCGGAUUGCAGAGCAAUGAGAAACAAGUGAAAUGUGUGAAAUGUAGUCUGAUGUAAGACCGGCCCUGAGCAAACCAGUCUGAUCUACCACAGCCCUGAGAAAACACGGCCAAUCAGCAGCUUAUAUUACCCAUCACUCUCUGCAGUACUGUACAUGUCACUCUAAUGGUCUUUUCGGAAGGUCUUAUCAUAAUAAAGUGUUGUUACAGAGCUUCCUGAAUGAAUACCCAACAAGCCCUUACGACACGAGUAAUCUCUACCAUCAGUGUAACCUGAGCCACACCUGCCUGGCCAGAUAACAUAAGAUCUACUGCCUCAUUUAUUUCCUCAUUUGUUCUGGUGCUGCAGUUUUUUUGUAUAAUUGUGUACCUUUCAACCUGCCGAAUCAUUCUUUUUUUUCACUUUAGUUUUUAAUAUAAAAAAUAGGAAAUUUGAUAUGACAACUGUGAUAUUUUAUGUAACUGCGGGCCACAUGUCUGUUUGUGUAGACUGACAUGCAUUGCAAAAGUGAUAAUGUGAGUAAAAUAUAUUGUAGAUUGAAGUAGAGAUGUGACACCACAUAUUCUGUACUGUAUUUGACUUUAUGGUAACAUAAUGUGAUUAUCUUUGUUGAUACUAUUAAAUACAUGCUAAAGGUU